AAGAGUAUAUAUAAUGCGAGCUCGCUGGUAGCUAUAAUAAACGGGAUUUUAGGGGGAAUAAAAGGAUAUAAAUUAUUGCUGGAAAGAAACAUCCUCUAUUGCAAUAUAUUAGUCGGAAAUAUUAUGCUUAAGAAGAAUAAAGAUAAUAGUUUCCUAAUUAACCUUAACCUUGCUAUUAAAAUUAACCGUAAAAAGGCAUCGGGCGCGCCGAGCAAAACCGGCACUAAGGUGUUUAUAGCGAUUAGUACUUUUUACAGCAAAUACUAUAACUUUAUAUAUAAUUUAGAGUUAUUUUUCUAG